UAAGUGUGCCGAGCUUUAGAAUUCUCUUUCACUUGAUUUUUAAGAAAGAAAAUUUUAAUAGAAAAAAUUGUGUCAUGAAACUCUUGAAAUCUAAAUUAAGCUGUUUUAAAUAUCUGAUACGUAUUAAAUUUUAAGAAAAGAAGAAAAAAAAAAAUACCCGAAAAUACGGCAUACUACAUGACCCAAAUUAUUAAAUAACUAGCAUACUUGGAAGCUUAAAAGCGUGAUUUGCAUUCCAGAUAAUUAAAUGAAAGAGCGGGAGAGAGAGUGAGUAAUGUAAAAACUCCUUACAAAAAUGCACAACUACUCAAAAUAUUUACUAAUACUUAGCUUCACGCUGGCAACACCGCUCUACACUUCACGUUGGCAACAUGCAUACAAAUGUAAUUUUAAUGCGAUUUCGCCACAUUGCUGCGUAGAUGCAAGCAAAAUCAUUGAUUUGUUGGAUAGCCAAGUCUGCUUAGUUGAGGAUCAUUCACACGGCGAGCCACUUCGCUACUCCAUAACCAUAGAUGAUUUUCCAGUCUGCACUGUCUAUCGUUCGGGUGCCUGCAUACACGAUGCCGAGAUUUGUGUGCUCUUGCGUCCACAUAUUUACAUUUGUCAAACUUCAUUCACACUCAUCUUCAAGAAUCGUAUUGCGGAAUGGUGUUUUUCGUCAUACUUGAAAAUUUACAGUAUAAAAAUGUAUAAAUAUCCGAAACUAUGUGGCUAUUUUACGGAAAAUUAUUUUCUAUUGCCGCGCAUAGUUCAAGAUUUACUCAUCGAUUUGGGUUAUUAGUGUGUGGUUUUU